AUGUUCUCUGGUUGUAUACUCCUCGCUGGCCUAGCCCUUGUCUCGGCUACUCCCAUGGGGUUUGAUCAAGCUCUUGCUCCGAGAACUUUGGUAUCAACCAAUGGUGUUUGCGGUGCCUACAAUGGCACUGCUACUUGUGCGGGUAGUUCUUUCGGAAAUUGCUGCUCCCAGUUUGGUUGGUGUGGCAGCGAUACUGCGCACUGUGGCAGUGGCUGUCAGUCCAACUAUGGCAAUUGCGGAGUUUCCACCACUUUGUCGUGGAAAAGUCUGGGUUGUUACUCCGACAGCACCUCGGCCCGCGCGCUUAGCACUGCCGUGCAGAACCCUGGCGGUACAGUCGAGACGUGUCAGUCUUUGUGUGAGAGUGGAGGAUUCACGUUUGCCGGCAUGGAGUUUGGUACGCAGUGCUUCUGUGGCACUGCGAUACUAAAUGACGCCGCAGUGAUUGACUCAUCUGCUUGCAACACCCCUUGCCCACAAAACCCCGCCGAAAUCUGCGGCGGAUCCAACGCAUUGAGCAUGUAUGCUGUCGUUCCUGUUUGGCAAAGUGUUGGCUGUUAUUCUGACACGACCCUCAAACGAACUCUUGCUCAAUCAUUUAAUGUCGCCGGUAACACUGUUGAGAUGUGUCAAUCUGUUUGUCAGCAGAAUGGCUUCAUUUACGCAGGUAUGGAGUACGGAACGCAGUGCUUCUGUGGAAACAGCAUUGAUAAUGGUGCAUCCCUGACGUCUGCUUGCGGAACUGCGUGUCCUGGAAACUCGGCGGAAAUUUGCGGGGGUGCAAAUGCGCUCAGCAUGUACUACCUUUUCCAUUAG